AUGCGCGAGCCUCUGCAGCGCGAGGGCGCGCUCUCGGCCGCCGCCAUGCUGGUGUCGGGCACCUUCAGCACCGUCAUCAUGAAGACCGAGUACGCCGUGCGCUCGCACGGCACCGCCACGUGCGUGGACCCGGCCUCGGGCGCGCAGACGACGCUGUGCCCCUUCGACAAGCCCUGGUUCGGCGUGCUGCAGAUGAAGGUGGCCAUGACGCUGUGCCUGGCCUUCCUGUACGUGCGCAAGUGCUCGCAGCACCGUCGGUACCUGGAGACGCCCGUGCUGCGGAUGCACAAGGGCGGACGAAGGUACGUGGCCACCGCGCCGACCGAAGAGGAGAUGGCGGCCAUCAAGCGCAAGUACGCGGCCCACGCGGGCGCCGAGAACAAGGUGGACGCGCUCAAGCGCAAGUACCGACCGUCGCACAACCACCACAGCAAUGCGGACGCCAACGAGCAGUCACCGCUGCUGGCGCCUCGCCUGCUCGGAGGAGAGGAAGACCAGCAGGGACGCGUGUCGCUGCGCACCAUGGCGGCCAUCGCACUGCCGUCGCUGCUGGACCUGCUGCAGACUGUGCUGUCCAACGUCGGGCUGCUGUGGAUCUCGUCGUCCGUGUAUCAGAUGGCGAGGGGCUCGAUCAUCAUCUUCAGCGCCUUCUUCUCGGUCCGACUCAUGGGCAAGAAGCUCUACGGCUACCACUACGCCUGCAUCUGGAUCGUCAUGCUGGCGGUGGCCCUUGUGGGAUAUGCCGGUGUAGGGCACCACUCGAACGCUACAGCUGCGGACGAUGCCGAGUCAACGAACGCGGUGCUGGGGCUGUUUUUCAUCAUCGCGGCGCAGAUCCUGUGCGCGCUGCAGAUUGUCGUCGAGGAGCACAUGAUGCUGGCGCUGAACGUGAGUCCGAUGCUGUUAGUCGGCUUUGAGGGGCUCUGGGGACUGGUCUUCUACAUCAUUUUAGUACCGAUCCUGACGCUGACGCCUGCAACGGGGUCGGCUUUCGCUCGCACAUGGCACGAGGACUUUGUCGACUCGUUCGUGCAGGUCAAGAACUCGCCCACACUCAUUAUGGUCAUUCUGGCCUACAUCGUUGCGGUGGGCACGCUCAACGUCACGGGCAACUACGUGACCAAGCACCUGUCAGCCGUCAUGCGCAGCAUUGCCGAGACAUUGCGCACACUCGGUGUCUGGAUGCUCAGUCUCUUUGUUUACUACGUAGUGCAGUGGCAAGGCGUGGCAUCUCCCGGGGAGCAAUGGACUGCGUACAGUUGGCUAGAGCUGCUGGGCUUCGUCUUGAUGGUUUACGGCACUCUCGCGUACAAGCAGCUGAUCCAUCUACCGGUGUCGAAGCUCUACGAGGCCGAGCAGCGUGACCAGCGUCGGGGCCGCGGCGACGACAUCAAGUCUCCCUUCAUGGGCAACAUGCACAAGUAG